CAUGGCAGUCGGGGUGGAUGCCUCUCUGCCUAAAAUGUAUUGGUAUUCAAGAAUGUUAAAAUUAUUUUUAAUUUCUGCUGUUUUUUGUGUUGGUUUAUGUUCAGAAGAUGAAGAAAGGUUGGUUCGAGAUUUAUUCAGAGGAUACAACAAACUUAUUAGACCUGUUCAAAAUAUGACAGAAAAAGUUCAUGUACGUUUUGGACUUGCUUUUGUUCAGCUUAUUAACGUGAACGAAAAAAAUCAAAUUAUGAAAUCCAAUGUUUGGUUGAGAUUCGUUUGGACAGACUAUCAACUCCAAUGGGAUGAAGCUGACUACGGGGGAAUUGGAGUUUUAAGAUUACCACCAGACAAAGUUUGGAAGCCAGAUAUAGUUUUGUUUAACAAUGCUGAUGGCAAUUAUGAGGUUCGUUAUAAGAGCAAUGUUCUCAUCUAUCCCAAUGGAGAAGUACUAUGGGUACCUCCUGCAAUUUAUCAAAGUUCGUGCACCAUUGACGUGACAUAUUUUCCAUUUGAUCAACAAACUUGUUUAAUGAAAUUUGGCUCUUGGACUUUUAAUGGAGAUCAAGUAUCAUUGGCACUUUACAAUGACAAAAAUUUUGUCGAUCUGUCAGACUAUUGGAAAAGUGGAACAUGGGACAUUAUCAAUGUUCCAGCUUAUUUAAAUACUUAUCAAGGUGAUUUUCCAACCGAAACUGAUAUAACUUUUUACAUUAUUAUCAGGAGGAAGACUCUAUUCUAUACGGUGAAUUUAAUUUUACCAACUGUACUUAUUUCUUUCCUUUGUGUGUUGGUAUUUUAUUUACCAGCUGAAGCAGGAGAAAAAGUUACAUUAGGUAUCAGUAUUCUCCUAUCACUUGUUGUAUUUCUUCUAUUAGUGAGUAAGAUUUUACCACCAACUUCACUUGUAUUACCUCUCAUUGCCAAAUAUUUAUUAUUUACAUUUAUUAUGAACACUGUAAGUAUUCUUGUAACCGUUGUCAUCAUAAAUUGGAACUUCCGAGGACCUAGAACACAUAGGAUGCCCAAAAUGAUUCGUAAAAUUUUUUUAAAAUAUUUACCUGCAAUACUUUUAAUGCGAAGACCCAAAAAAACUCGAUUGAGAUGGAUGAUGGAAAUUCCAAAUGUUACACUGCCAGCAUCAACUUACUCUGGAAGUCCUACUGAACAUCUUCCAGGUCCAAUGAGUAAAUCAAAAAUGGAGAUGAUGGAAUUGUCUGACCUUCAUCAUCCCAAUUGUAAAAUUAACCGUAAAGCUCAUACUACUAGUACAUCUAGUACUGCCGGUGGUAAUGAAGGCUUAGGAGACCGACGAGGCUCAGAAAGCUCAGAUUCUAUUCUUCUGAGUCCAGAGGCUACCAAAGCUACUGAGGCUGUGGAAUUUAUUGCGGAGCAUUUGAGAAAUGAAGAUCUUUAUAUACAGACUCGAGAGGACUGGAAAUAUGUAGCUAUGGUGAUUGAUCGACUUCAAUUAUAUCUCUUCUUCAUAGUAACAACUGCUGGCACGAUUGGCAUUUUAAUGGAUGCUCCUCACAUUUUUGAAUACGUCGAUCAGGAUAAAAUAAUUGAAAUUUACCGAGGAAAGUAAACGGGUGAUUCUUAAUUUUUACAUGUUUAUAAAGCAAAAAAAUAACAAUCUUUGGAACAUGUUUGAAAAACAAUCAAGUUAUCUUACUCAAUGAUACAUUUUAUCCAUCAGCACUUAUUCGAUAUUUUAUAUUUUAUACAAAAAUAUUAAAUUUUUUAUCCUUGAUAAUUAUUUACAUUAUCUUUCGUGUAUUCUUUGUUCGAAAAAAUGGUUAUGAACCAAAUUAGAUAGUA